AUGGCACUCCUCAAUCUCAACCCGCUCUACACCGUAACCCUCCCAAUCCUCUUCCUCUUCAGCCUACCCGUCGCCCUCUUCGCCUGCCUCACUACAAUUCUCGCCUUCAUCGUCCUUCUCUUCCGCGUAUCCCUAAUCUACAUCGAUCUCGCUGCAGCCGUGAUCCCGUACUACCUCCUCGGCAUCACCCCCAAUGCUUCUCUCCCUGAAGAGAAAACCGGACCAUCCCCAACACAAAUCCCCUCGCGCCGACGGAGACGCAGGAGCAGUAGUAAUCUGAGCACGGGCUGUUUGACGCCGAAUGCCCUGGGAAGCUCCUCUAGCGUCGUCGGGUUGAGCCUCACGCGCGAUUUUGAAGGCGUGGGGGGUUGGCGAUUACGUGCUGAAGAGGAAGAGGAAGAGGUGUGGACGAAGAUUAAUAGUAGGCUGGAGUUGCCGGCUGAGCAUGGGCGGCGGCAUAGGCGGAGUGCGACGGGUGGGUUGGAGAUGAGGGGUGGGAAGGAGGGCAAUGGUGCAGUCAUGAAUAGUGGGAGGGCGAGGACGCCGCCUGUGGGGAGGGAGGAGGAGUAUGGGUAUUUUGUGAUGCAGAGGGGUAGGGAGGUUAGUCCGAAGGUGGGGAGAAGGGACGCGAGUGCGGGAACGACGAGUGGUAGUUCGAAGGGGUCGUCGGGGUUGAAUAUGAAGGGUAGGUGA